UACUUAGUAGCUUUACGCGUAAAAGGAAGAAGAAAAAAAUCCCCCGCCAAUUACGCAGUCUGUCUACAAAGCUAAAACCCCAAAGAGUUCUUCAUUAUAAACAAACUCACACAAAACCUUUCUUCUUUCGUCUACUUCUUCUGUGUUCUGGUUUUAGAUAAGUUACAGAGUAAGAUAGAGUGGUAGGAAGGAAGCUUAGUUGACAAUGGCGGAGGAACAAGGAGAGGAGUACUUGUUCAAGAUAGUGUUGAUUGGAGACUCAGCGGUGGGCAAGUCCAACCUUCUAUCGCGGUUCGCUCGCAACGAGUUCGACCCCACCUCAAAGGCCACAAUUGGGGUGGAGUUUCAGACCCAGGUUGUCGAUAUCGACGGAAAAGAGAUCAAGGCCCAGAUCUGGGACACCGCCGGCCAAGAGCGUUUCAGGGCAGUCACUUCCGCUUACUAUCGUGGCGCCGUUGGUGCUCUCGUCGUUUAUGAUAUCACUCGCAAGACUACCUUCGACAGUGUCAAGCGCUGGCUCGAUGAGCUUAGCACUCAUUGUGAUACGACAGUGGCAAGAAUGUUAGUAGGGAAUAAAUGUGAUUUGGAGAACAUAAGAGAUGUGAGUGUUGAUGAAGCCAAAAGCUUUGCUGAAGAAGAAGGUCUGUUCUUCAUAGAGACAUCUGCACUUGAAUCUACUAAUGUUCAAUCGGCUUUUGAGACUGUCAUUAAGGAUAUAUACAACAAUAUCAGCAGGAAAAUCCUAAAUUCUGAUUCUUACAAGGCCGAGUUAUCAGUUAAUCGAGUCAGCCUGGUUAAGGACGGGACAGAAAAGCAAAAUAAGUUUAAUCUAUCUUGUUGUGCUAGAUGAGCAGAAUUUUUCAAUUUUUUCGGGGGAGAAAAAUUAAAAAUUCUUAAUAGAGUUGUUUUGGUGGGGCUGAAAGCAUAAGAUUGUUCUUAUAAUUAUAAUUUGUAUUUGUAUUUGAAGAUCAAUUAUCAAAUAAUAGUCUUGUAUUUUGAGACCUUAAAGUUAUUUAUUUUGCUUGUUCACACAUAGUGCAUUUUCUUUUGUAA